AUGACAUGUUAUGUAGUGGGAGGUCUGAAAGACUGAACCCAGGCACUCUGGAAGAAAUGCCAUUCCUGGUUAAAUCACUAUGUAAUCUCAUUGAGGAGGCUGCUCUUUCUGGUCACCCGGAGCUGCUGCCAUGUGAGUUUUAAUUGAAAAGGAAAAAAAAAAUAAUUAUCAAUUUUUUCGGCUUUUCUGGAUUCUCCUUCAUUAGUUGGUUUUUUUUUUUGUUUUGUUUUUUUGUUUCUUGUUUUCUCCUACAAUGUGGUGUUGGAAAGUCAACAAGCCGAGCAGAUCUGUGAUGGGGAAGCAGGAUUCCUAUGACAUGGAUUGUCUUCAAAACCGACAGGAACCUGGGAGGUCCGUAAGAACCUGCUGAGAUGUUAUCCUAUGGAUCAUUGGAAGUAAAGAAAAGACAAAGACAGCUCGGGUGGAAUGGAAUUCCCAUUGUGCAACUCCUAUUCCUCAGGAGGUGAAGGACUUAAACACUGGGAGAAAGAUUACAGUUUAGGAUGAUUGUCUCUCCGCUGAACACUUCCUAAUGCAACAUCAGUUCCGACCGGAUUAAACGCAUUUGCUAUCUGAUGCCUGAGUAUAAAAGGAACCGCAGAAAAAUUGCUUUACUGCCCCUGCAAUAAUGGUAAGGAACCUAUGGAUCGUACACCGAAUAGACUUAGAGAGGACACCCAAGUGAGCUUCUCAGCGGAAUACUGCACCAACUCACAUGAAUCUAUUCAGUGUGGAUUAAAAACAGACCAAUGCUCGAGAAAAGUUACUCCCUUCUGUUCUUUCAUGUCAUUUCCCUGCAAAACUCAGGAUUAAAUAUGGACAUUCUUGAAAAGGAGAACUUUCUGAAUAUCUCCAAGAGCUCUUUCUUACAACUAAACCCCAACAAGUUAUCCUAUACCAGCAGUGACCCUACGGCAGGAGCGGCUAAUUCGACCGAUAUUUUCAACUGGACCUUAAAUUCGGAAAAUUUAACCCAACUCGCUCCAGGAGGAAGUUCUUUUUCUUUGGAGAAGAAUUGGCCGGCCCUUCUGACGGUCACAGUCAUUGUGGUGACCAUUGCUGGGAAUAUACUAGUGAUCAUGGCCGUGUCUCUGGAGAAAAAGCUUCAGAACGCAACAAAUUAUUUCCUUAUGUCCCUGGCUAUUGCUGACAUGCUCAUAGGCUUCCUUGUUAUGCCAAUCUCUAUGCUAAAUAUACUGUAUGAUUAUGAAUGGCCUUUACAUAGGAAGCUUUGUCCUGUCUGGAUAUAUUUGGAUGUUCUGUUCUCCACUGCUUCUAUCAUGCACCUCUGUGCGAUUUCUCUGGAUCGGUAUAUUGCAAUACGAAAUCCUAUCCAUCACAGCCGCUUCAACUCAAGAACCAAGGCUUUCGCUAAAAUAAUUGCUGUAUGGACUAUAUCUGUGGGUAUUUCUAUGCCAGUGCCUGUGUUCGGACUACAAGAUGACAGCAAAGUGUUCAACCAAGAAAACUGCUCCUUAGCCGACGAGCACUUCAUCAUUGUUGGUUCCUUCGUAGCUUUUUUCAUUCCUCUCAUCAUAAUGUUGGUCACAUACUUUUUAACUAUAAAAUCGCUGCAGAAAGAAGCUGACCUUUGUUUUAGUAACCUGGGGGCAAAGAGCAAACUGGCUUUGUUUAGUUUCCUCCCACAAACAUCUAUUUCAUCGGAGAAACUAUUUCAGCGUUCUUUGCAAAAAGAAUUUGCUCCAUAUGGGAGAAAAACUAUGCAGUCCAUCAGCAAUGAACAGAAAGCCUCCAAGGUCCUGGGGAUUGUGUUUUUCCUCUUUGUGAUUAUGUGGUGCCCAUUUUUCAUCACUAAUGUGAUGGCUGUAUUCUGCAAGGACUCGUGCAAUGAGCACAUUAUGGGAGAACUGCUGAAAGUAUUUGUGUGGAUUGGUUACCUGUCAUCGGCAGUUAAUCCACUUGUAUACACAUUGUUCAACCAAACGUACCGCUCAGCAUUUUCGCGGUAUAUUCAGUGUCGGUACAGGGAAGAAAAGAAGCCUUUACAAUUGAUUUUAGUGAACACCAUCCCAGCACUGGCUUACAACUCAAGUCAACUACAGCUAGCACAAAUGAAGAAGAUGAAGAAGGAAUCAAAAACCAAAACAAAUGACUAUUCAAUGGUUACUAUAGGAUUACCCCCUUUGGAUAAACCAUCUGUCAAUGAAAACGUUAGUUGUUUGUGAAUGUGGUCAUGUGACAAAUGUCAAUGUGUUGUAUACUGACAGAACAUGGAGCCAGUGAUUUUGUUUGUUCUGGCGACAAAAGAGUUAAAUAUGUAAAACAAAGAACGUACAAUAUUUUAUAAUGCAAACCAGGGUGGGAUAUUCUAUAUGGACAAUGUAGAAAUAACUUACUGUCUGGAAGAAAGAAAAAUAGAAAAGUAAUAAGAAAAAGAACAUUUUAUAUGAGGAAUGCCUCAUCCAUCUUAUUGUACCUCAAAUAAUUCUUUAUAUCUGUAACUGAGCACUUUAAUGGUCUAUGUUCUAGCAUGGGGCAUUCUACAUUUAAAGGGGUUGUGCGCUGCCCUGC